UUGGCUGUUUGCUUGUCAGCAAGGAGUUGAAGUACGGACUGUGAUCAGAACUAUAAGCAAGCACAUGGUGCACAUGUAUCGGUAUGCCAACGUCAGGCAGCUGAAGAUCCAGUCACGUGUAAUGGAAUACUUGGCUAAAGAUUUACUACACCCGUCCUCAGAGGAGGAGAAGAGGAGGCACAAGAAGAAGAGACUGGUGCAGAGCCCAAACUCUUAUUUCAUGGAUGUGAAAUGCCCAGGCUGCUACAAGAUAACAACAGUUUUCAGCCAUGCACAAACGGUUGUCCUUUGUGUAGGAUGCUCUACAGUCUUGUGUCAACCCACCGGGGGAAAAGCAAGACUCACAGAAGGAUGCUCCUUCAGACGAAAGCAACAUUAAACCAACCACUGCUUCACCUAAUACUGAUCACACAGUAUCGUAUCUCUAACUAUAAAUAAAUGAUUUGCCUUACAGCUUGCCCAGCACGUUCUCCUAUGUGGUACUGUGCUAUAUCUUUGGAUUUAAAAUUCAGGGAUUUUUUUUUAUUUUUAUUUUUUGAAGCUGGAUUUUGAAUAUGUGGAAAUCAUUUCCUCAAUAAAAUUAUAAUUGAUUAA